AUGCCGAAGUGCUCUUGCCCUGUGAGCGACCAUCAGGUGCGCGGUGCCGUCGAAGGCAGCGACCUUUGGACCCGUUUCCUGGAAACACGCGCAGAGCUCUACAGGCCGGACUGCCCCAAUGAGCGCAAGUGCGCGUGCCCCUGUGGUGAGGUGAUCAUCGUCGAAACAGUCGAGGACGAAGGCUUCGUCACAUGCCCUUCCUGCAAGGAGAAGGUCUGCUUCAAAUGCCAAGAGAGGCACGAAGGCUCCAGUUGCGCAGCAUACUGGCAGUGGCGGAAGGAGAACGACACGUCGGACAAAGCUUUUGAAGAGCUCAUGUCUAGCGAAGGCUGGCGAAAUUGCCCCGUGUGCCAGGCCCCGUGCUCUCGGGCGAGUGGCUGCAACUACAUGACCUGUGGUUCCAUGGCCUGCCGCAAUGCUGGAGGAACGAACUUCUGCUAUGUUUGCGGAGAGAAGUUGAUGCUGGCCACUGAGCACUUUACCCACUUUCCUGACGGCAUGUUCAGCGACUACUGCCUGAACAAGCGCAAGGCAUCCAUGUCACAGCUGCUGCAAGAAUUCACUCGCCUUCCAAUUGCCGCACCUAGGCCUCGGAGCAUGUGGUGA